AUGGACCAUAGCGUUACACUGCUAAAUUUAACUAUAAAUACAUUGAUUAACGAUUUUAAAAACAGUUCAAACAUCAGCUUUAAUCGAAAUGCAUUUGUUAGUUAUAUUUGCUGUUUUAUCAGCUGGCUUUUGCGAUGAUUUUGGUCGCAAACCGAUGUAUAAAUAUCGAUAUGAAACCGAGGAUUUGAUGAAGACGGCAGCAUCAUCCGUACCUAUCCAUGGAUACCAUGUAGUUGAGGGCGGGUAUUAUCCUAGUGGAGGAGUUUCCGGCAGCUUUGGUGCAGGAGGUUUGGCGUCUAGUUUCCAAGGGGGCUAUAGUGGUGGUGGUGGUUUUGGAGGACCUGGAGGAAGAUUUACCUCUGUUGGGGGUGCUGGAAUUGGAGGCAUAGGAGGAAUUGGAGGAAUCGGACCUGGAAUAGGAGGUGGUAUAGGAUACGGACCAGUUGGUUCAAUCGGUCCAGUAUCAUCUGGAAUCGGUAUUGGUAAAUUAGGAGGAGUUGGUCCUAUUGGUUUUGGUGGGGGAUACGGUGGAUCCGGCCCUGGAAUUGGAGCAGGUGGUCAAUUUAUCGGUGGCCCUAUUCAUCAUCAUCACCACCAACCCUACGGAGGCGAAGAAGUCGACAAGAGCAUUUACAGUGGAGAAAAGAAAAAUAUAAAUGACCAGGUUUACGAAAAGGCAUCCGGAAAAAAGGGAGAGGAACUAAAUCACGGCCAGGAAGGAUAUUCGCAAGGACAAGUCGCGGUUAAAGAAGGAAAAGGUGACAGUGGAUACUACAGUGACGUAGAAGGGGGCAAAAAAGUUAUCGGAGAUGAGAAGCAAUAUCAUGGUGCUCAACACUUCAACCAAGAAGGUAAAAAUGGUGGUGAAAAGAAGCAACAAUCCGGCCACAAAAAGGGACACAAAAUUAAGGGUUUCAAAACAUCCCAUCACAAAGACGAAAGCGGUAAAACCGAAGAAUACUUUGAUGAGGCAAACGAUGAAGGUGAUAACUACAACUUUAACGGGCAAUCAGGCAGCUUCGGUGAAGCAAAGGGAGCUUCAUUUAAGGGAGGUCACGAAGAUGGAAAAUAUAAUCAUGGAGAAGCCAAGAAGGAAGGUCACUACGACAAUGCCCAUCUAGUCGAUAAGAGCAAUGCUGAUCAUGGAAAAUACGGCGAAAAUAAGUUUGCUGGCAAUGGAGUGGUUUACAAUAAAAAUAAUGGAUACGGUCAAGAAAGUCUUUUGGGACAAAACGAAAAUAGCAGAUUUUACAAACAUCAUCCCCAUGUACCUUUUUACUAGAUAACAUGUUUAAUUUUAAAAUUGAUAAUGAUAAUUUAUUAUUGUAGAUAAAAUAGCAGCAAGUAUUUUGUAUAUUUCUAUCAUUAAUAUUUAUUGUUUUAUAUCCUUUCUAAAACAUAUCAACUUUUAUAAACAAAAAUCAAUUUAUUUAAACUUAUUAAAGGAAAGGUUAUU